AUGGCCGUGCAGGUGCCCCUGUGGCAGCACUACCUGCAGGCCAUCCGCUCGCGGGGGGCACGGCGGGCGCAGGACUUCCAGCGCGCAGAGAACGUGCUGCUCACGGUGCUGGAGCACGUGCACCACCUGGACCCUCGCUUCCUCGUGGACUACUCCCGUGACCUGGAGGCCUUCCAGUUUGCCCUGCGCACCUCGGAGGAGCCCCUGCACGUGGAGGUGCCCCUGCGGGUGGACGCGGACGCCCUGCUGAUUGAGGAGGUGGGGGCCGCCGAGGCGGGCGACGGCCCUGCGCCCUGCCGCCUGGGUGUCUCCAGGGAAGGGGCCCGCCCAGAACGGUGGAUGGCCCAUGACGUCCUCAGCGUCUCCUCCGAGGGUGGCGCCGGGUGCCGCGGCCACAUCGCGCCCAGCAAGGUCCUGCGCGUCCUCAAGGACCUUCUGGUGGCGGCCGUGGUGCACUGCAGACACCAGGGCCUCGUCACGCCAGGUUCUCUGAACGCGGACAGCCUGGAGGAGAAGGAGUCCCACCUGUCCCUGCUCGUGUCUAGCGGCUGGCGACCCAUCCGGUUCAACAUCGUGCCCAUGGUGCGGAGAAAGCUCGGGGUGCCCGCCCUGGAGAGGGCUCAGUGGAUGCGCGGGUUCCCUGAAGGCAGCUUGAAAAGGAUCAUCAGCCAAGAAGCGGCCCUGGUGCCAGCCAGUGCCCAGCACUGGAGGGUCUCCACGGACUACCUGCUCACCAGGCUGCUCGGUGCGCUGGGCUCCCUCCCGGGCCACCGUCUGGACGGCCUCUCCAUCCUGGACCGGGUCAACCACGAGAGCUGGCGCGACGGCGGCCAGAGCCCCGGCCUGAACUUCAGUCACCUGAAGGCCCUCAUCCCACCCCCGAGGGGCCGGCAGCUUCUAAGAGGGCCCUUGGCGUCUGGCCCACUGUGGCUCCUGAGCCCCAUAGUGAGCAGGGAUGAUGGGGGCUGGACCAGUGAGGAUGUGGAGGCACGGGUGCAGCUGUGA